AUGAACACGGCUCUAUCAGCGAAUACCAAAGCGAUCCUGCUGCUGGCGUCUCCCUUGAUGGCUGGCAACAGCAGGAGACAGGUGCGGUCGCUCGUUGCCGGAGAGUACCGUUCGCUGGCUCGGUUCUUGCAUACCUGUCAGGCCGAGCCGGCCGACCUCAUGGGUCCGAGAGCUGAAGAGCUCAUCGAUCGUUACGACGGACCCGUCGACAAGACGCGACUGAGAGCAUUGCUAGACAGGGGAUUCCUGCUGAGUCAUGCCGUCGAACGCUGGCAGGCGCGGGCGAUCUGGGUGAUGAGCCGAGCCGAUGAUGGCUACCGCGGGUGCUUCGGGAGCGGCUGA